ACAACAACAACAGGAGGUAAAAACAUGAAAAAGAAACUGCGAAAAUUCCUCACUAUUUAAAAGAAGAUAAUAUGCGUAAUGCAUAAAUGAAUGUUAAGAAAUGGCGUACCGUUACAAUGGUCCUAGACAACAGAGAUACACGGAGAACCAACAAAUGUUUGAUUAUGAUGAGCAGAUGUAUAGUGAUGAGAGGCAGAGGUCUAUACAUGAGAGGCAGAGGUAUAUUGAUGGGAGGCAGAGGUAUGUUGAUGAGAGACCAAGGCAUAUUGAUGACAAUCUGAUGUACAGUGAUGAUAGGCGGAGGUAUAUUGAUGACGUGCAGAUUUUAAAUGAUGAGAGACAUGCAUAUGAUGAUGGUCAUUACCUAGCAAAAUAUCAUGAAAGAGACACUGAACAUAGAAAUAGAACAUCUAGAUUGAGGGGGAGACAUGAUUUAUACAGUAAUCAGCACAACUGUAUAGAUGAGAGAAAUAGACAAACACAAAGUUAUUCAGAACAUGUUCCAAACCAUAGGUUGGAUAGUGAAAUAGGUGAGAGACUUGCAACUCUUACAGAUAAAUACAGGGACAGGGUCAGUCAAACAGACCAGGUUCAUCAAAAAUCACAUCAAAGAGUUCCAGAUUCAGAUUUGUAUGAAAGUCACUGUACCUCCAGAUCAUACUGCCAUGGUAGAGACAACACACAUGGUCAAGUACCAGAAGUUGAACAUGGUCGGGGAAAUGGACGUGGUCUAAGAAGAGGGGAUACUCAUAAAGGUGUUCACCAUAGCAAAAGACCGACUGAGAAUAGACCAUACUAUAGAUCAUCUACCAGUUCUCGUGGUUCGUCUCAUUAUGAAGAGUUUGAUCAAAGUUCCAUACAUUCCAAACACAGAAUAACAAAUGACAUAGGUGAUCAGUCUGAAUCUUUUACAAGGAAAGGUUAUUCUAGAGAGACAAGACAUGACAAAGCGUAUAGGCCAGCUACUGGUGGAAAGAGUGAAGCCUUGAUAGAAGACACUCCAGCUUUAAGUGAUAGAAUAAUUAGGAUGAAAUCACCAGAUAGUGCAAAAAAAUAUGAACCUCUUAUCAAGGAAGAGUUUUUGAGUGAUUUCAGUGACUACUCAGGGGAAAUGCAGCAUGAACUCCUUGUACCAGAUAACAGAAUUGGCCAGUUACCUUUACCAAACCAAAGUCAAAGUAAAAUUUCUUCAAGACCUAGAAGAAACCUUCUUCCAACACAAGAUACUGAAGCUAAGAAUGAUAUUGUUAAGUCUGGUGGCCUUCUUCAGACACCAAGUGAUAUUGAAGCUGAUACUACUGUAUGUCCAUCAACCGAUGUGAUUCCCAUUUCAGUAGGGACUCUGAAAGAUAGAGUUUAUACAUCUGGGCUCCUUCAAACACCAGCGGUGGCUACUGAUAUGAAUGUAGCCCAUGCUUCAGCAGGUUUGCUACCAACUCCAACAAAACGUCCAAAUAGAAAUCCUGAUCACCAAUCUACAGGCCUCUUUCCUACAGCAACAUGCAGUCCAUUGGAUAAUCCUAGUAGUGAAACUCUUAGGGCUGUAGAAUCAAUAGUAUAUCCUUCCAAAGGCCUAUUACCAACCCCACCAGGCAGCCCAAUAGUCUCCAUCAGCAGUCAUCCUUUAAUGGUAAAUGAUGAGACUAACUUUACUUUACAUGAUGCUCCAGAAAAACAAGACACCCAUAAUCACAAUGAAAAGUUUGUUUCUUUGGGUACGCAUGUAACUGAAACUGAGGCCAUGCCAAAAAUGGAAAGUAAACAAGCUGCAUUACUUGCAGACAAACAGUCCCCUGGUAACAAAGAGAAACAGAUGUUGGAAAACAUUCAAAUACAGAUAGAGCAAACUAUGCAGUCUUUACAACAAAAGAUACAAACAAGUCGAACUACUCCAAGCAGUAAGAAAGAAAAUGAAAUGGGAGACAAAUCAGAUAAGCCAAAAGAAUUACAGAAGAAUACUGUUGUAAGUGAGGACACAGAUUUUGUGGAAGUUACUGAUAAUGUUGAAAAAACGAGUGACACUCCAAUAAACAUACCAAGUGAAAAUGACAAUCAGUGCAGUGAAAAGCAGACUGAAAUCACUGACAAUAGUCAAAAUCUGCCUGAAAUUAAGACAGAAUCUAAAGAUCAAAGGAAUACAAAUAAUUCCGGUAAUUGUGAAGCACAGUUCAAUGCAAAUGUAGAACAGUUUGAUAAUAUUAAACAACAAACAAAGGAAACUAGUCAUGAACAUUCAAGGAAAUCAAAAGGCAGUUCUGGGGGCCAAAGAGAAUAUAAAACUUAUAGAGAGUGGAGACUUGCCAAGGAAAGAAUGAAUAAAUUUUUCAACAGUCAGAGUUCUGAAAGUGAAGACAAUAUAAAGAAAAGAGAAGACAGCAAUAGAAGUUCUAUAUCAAAAAGUAGGUAUCAAAGAAAUAGUUUGAAUAGUCCAAAUAGUAAUCUGCUUAAGAAAGGUAGUGAGGCAAAUGUUGAUAAAAAUGAACAAAUAGAUGAUGCUGACAAGCCAGAUCGUCCAAACAGUUUCAAAGCAGAAGAAAGACUUUAUACAAAGAGAGUGAUAGAUAAUAGUUAUUCACCACAAGACGUUGGUCCUGACAUUAGGCAUAGUGAUAUAAGAGAUAGUAAUAUAUUUGACGCAAUUAAAGGACAUAAAAAGACAGAGAAAAUGGAAACAGAAAGCAUAAGUGACAGGUUUGGUAACAAGAAAGAGGAACAGAGAAGAGAAAGAAGGGAUAGUAAUAUAUCAAAUGAUAGUUUUUCUGAGAAGUUGAGUAAAAAGAAACUGGAGGGGGACAAAACAGAAAAAUUGAAUGAAAGUGACAAACAUGAAUACAAGAAAAAAGACUGCACCAAAGUAGAGGAGAGAACUGAUUCAAAGAGAGUGCUCGAUAGAAAAUAUUCACCACCUGAAGUUGGUCCUGAUGAUAUACUUAGUGAUAAGAAAGAAAGUGAUAUAUCUGACAAAAAUAUAGAACAUAAAAAGAAAGAGAAAACUGAAUCAGAGAGAAUGAAUGAAAAAUUUGUUAACAAGAAGGAGGAAACCAUAAGAGAAAGAAGGGAUAGUAAUUUAUCAGAUGAAAUUUUGAUAGAAAAGAAAAAAGAAAGGGACAAAACUGAAAAAAUAAAUGAAAAUGAUGAACACAAAUACAAGAAAAAUGAACUUAGAAUUAAACAUCAUAGCUCAGAAAGCUCGUCAAGUCAUCAUUCAAGAGAGAGGUCAACUCACAGACAUGAUAGAUCAUGGUCCAGAGAUCACAAAUCAGAGAGAUCACACAAACAUAAAAGCUCCCGAAAUGAAAAAAAUUAUAAAGACCAUAGUUAUAGAAAACCUGAUGAACACCAUCAUCGUAUACCUGGAUCUGAUGUGAAAGAUGGAAAUUUGAAAAAUGUGUAUGUUAAACUAUUUGAUAUAAACAAAAACAAGGCUACAGAAACAAAUAACGCUCAGAAAGAUGCAAGCAAUGCUAGGGAAAAUAUCUUCGAGAAAAUGAGUGAGAACAUUUCUUCAUUGAAAAAAGUUGACACACCUUCAACAGCGAAUAAAAGUAAAGAGAACAUAUCAUCAAAUUCUACAAAAACAGCUAACACAUUUACUCCCGCUGUACCCAUAUCAGAAGAUAGUUCCUCUGAUGUAGAUCCCUUUGUGAAAAUGAGUUUGUUUUUGAAUAAAAACAAGAAGAAACCUGUCUUAAUAAAGACAGACAAAGUGUUCAAUUCCUCUAUUUCAAAAAGACCAAAGUCUCUAAAUGAUUUUCUAGUUACGGAUGAUCAAGUGUCUUUCACAGAAAAUAGUGAUACAGUAGAAUCUAGUGAAGAGGAAACACUGCAAUUUUCAUCGUCCAAAACUCAAAGAAAGAAAAAAGAGUUUGUUAAAUACUUGAAAAGAGUGAAUCAGACUUUAUACUGGAAAAAUGUUAAAUUGAUGCUUCCCAGAAUUAAUCUGAAAAGGUUAGAUAAUAAUGAUAUCAAAAGAUUGAAGUCUAAACUGAAAAAAGUUGAUAAGCCCAGUGAUAUGACAGAAAAAUUGAGCAAGCCAUACAAAAGUGCUGUUGGAAGUGCAGAUAGACAAGAACAAAAUAAUAAGACAGUUAAAGAAGAUAGGAACAGAUCAGAACAUUUGAAAGUUGGAGCUAAUGAAUGUGCAGAAAAUGCAAAGAUAAAACCAGAUAAUAAAGAAAGUGAAACAUGUGACGCAUUUUUAAAGAGUGAUAAGACAGGCAGUUACACCAAAGCAGCUAAUGAUAGAGACACUGGAAGUUUGUCAAAAAUUAGAAGGGAAGAAAGUAAAAGUUUGGAAAACUCACUGUGCAAUGAUGAAAUGUCCGACCCGAGAAAAGAGAGUUCAACAAGUGGUGAAAGUAAACAAAACAAUGAAGGUCAUGCUAGUAAAACAUACCGAAGAAUUAUUUGUUGUAUGAGCUCAUCAGCAGAACAAAGUGAAUCCUCUGACAUAGAAAGGGUUGUUAGUGUAUCCCAGCGCAAUAAACAAGGACCUGUGAUAGAAGACAGUGAUGAAUCAGAAGAACUAGAAGGCUCUCUCGGAUCAGAAGACUCUACAUGUUUAGAUAUGUCUGAUGUGUCUGAAGCGGAGGAAAUAGAGCAGUCAAAUAAAGCAGAAGUAGCUCACAAAGAGCAAGGUGUUGAUGAACUUAAUUGUAAUGUCCAAUCUCAUUGUGAGUCUCAUGUAGUUAAAGAAAGUAUGUCAUCUGAAAUUGGAGAAAAAUCGAAUAGCUCUGUGCAGCUUCCAGUGUUUGAAAAUGAUCAGAAUUGUGAAGAAUCAAUCAUUUACAAUAAUAGUGGGCUGGGAUCAAGCAGAAAGGAAAGAAGAGCACAAGAACCAAAAGCAUUUCCUUUAAAAACCGAUACUCAUGCAAAAAGGAACAUUUUUUCCGAUGUGACAAGUGACUACUCAACACAAAGUGAAAACGAUGCAGGAACAUCGUACAAUUCCAAACAAUCACAGUCUGGGGCAGGUAGAAAUAUUCUAGAAACUAGCACUAGUAUGAUUUCUAAAGUAAGAGCAAAUCUUGGAAAUAAACUGAAAAAUUUGAAAGUGAACAACUUGCAGGCAUCUGGGAGUGGAGACUCAAGCAGUCAAGAUUUUUUGUGUUUGCCAGAAAGACAAGCACUCCUUCAGAGAUCAAGUUUUAAUGUAACAACACAGUCAGAAAAUGAAAAUGCUGAUGAAGUUGAUGGGAUAGAUAACAGUAGUACAGGUCCAGAUCAGUCUGUACAAGAAAAUAAUGUAGAGCUUAUUGAUAUAGGCAGUAAAAAAGUUAAGGAUGGUGAUAACAAAUUGACUUGUUCAGAAAGUGCUCGAAAAAAUAUAGGAAGAAGAAAGUACAGUGACAGUUCAACAGAUUCCAGUGACAAUGAAAACUUUUGUGAAAACAGGUCUGCUACAAAAUACAGGAAAAGGCAAUUUGAUAAAUCAUCUGAGGAAAAGUCUGUUAGUCCGCAGAACUCAAAAGAUGAUGGUAAAAGCAUGCACAAAAACUCUAGUCCAAGAGAUACUGUGUUUGGUAAACAUUUACCAUCAAGAGCUAAACGUUUGUUCAAGUCUUCAUCACAGAUCAAAAGAACCUCCUCAAUUAUGCAGAUGGACGGUAAUGCAGAUCUGAUUGCUGGUCCUCCAGAUGAAUCAUCUGGUGAAGAAGGUGAUGUGGAAGACAACUUAUCCUACAUAAAUAUAGAAGACUCUGAAGAAGAAAACAGUGCAUCACAGGACCUCUUUGCAGAUUUACCUGACAGACUCAAACAGAUGUCUCAGAAAUUUAAGCAAAUUGUCGCUUCUGCUCCUAGUGAUUUUAUCAAAACUGAAAAGGAAGAGGAAGCUAAUGACAACAAACCUGUAAUUGACAGUCAUAUUAUAGAUGCAACUGCAACUACUAGCAAAAGUAAUUGUUUAGAAGAGAAUAGAGCAGGAAAUAUUGAUGUCUCAGAUAAUGAAGUGCCUGGAGUUAAAGAAGAGCCAGAUUGGCUGAAAUGUUACACACAGGAACCAGAUACAAUAUUUCUUAGUGAUGAUGAUGAUGACAUGAUUAUGACUGUGUCACAGCCAGUAAUUUUGGUGUCAGAUGAAGACACACAAGAUCCUGAAGCAGACCAGAAACCAGUUCUUGAUCUUGUCAAGCAAGAGAAAUUGGAACCUGAUGAAAAGUAUGGAACACAAGAAUCAACUUAUGAAUUGACUUUUGAAAAUUAUUCCAGUGCAGAAGAUUGGUCUGAUAAAGGUAGUGACUUUGAACCUGAAAAUAUGUUCAGCAGUUUGCAGAAAAAGAAAACUCUUAAAACAGAUGCGGUAGAAUCUGGCCAGAAUUUGAGUGAAAGUAGUUUAAUGUCCGAUGAUGAUCUAUUCAAGUCUCAAAGUUUGCUAGAACCAGACAAUACUUCAAAUGAAAAUAAUGGCUUUGAAUCAAGCGAUGGAGCAGUAAUGUCUGUUAAUGAAGAUGAACUUCUUCGAAGUCCAAAUAGUGAUGAGGCAAUAAUGUCUAUAAACGAGGAUGAACUUUUAGGAAUCAGAAGUAUCACAGCGGUUGAACAGAGGUCAGGACAUAUAAAAUCUGAGAAGAAAGCUAAUGUUACUGAAGAUUUUAGCUCAGAUGAUGAUGAGAUUUUGUCAACAAGUGUUUUCGGUAUUGAGAAUAAAAAUAAAAGGGCAAUUAUGACCACAAAAGCACAAACUGCCAAGGUAAAAACAGAAACAGAUGUGAUAGACAGUAGUCAGAGCUUUGAACCAGUUCAGCAACAAAGAGAAAAUGACGGUGUAAAAGACAGAAGUUCAGAUAGAAAUCUUCCUAGUUCUAGUUCAAAAUAUCAAGAAAUGGCUCCAUAUAUGCAAGAUACACAAGUGGAUCCUAGUGUAAGUGAUGAAAAUACAAGUAAUAGUGUUUCUGUAUUUGAUUUCCACUCUGAACAUUUUUCAGAUAUUUCAGAUAGUGACAGUAAGCCAGGCAGAGAAACAGAAAUUGUGAAGAAUUUACCAAAACCAGCAAGUAAUAGAAAUUUUGAUUAUGAGACUUUGUCAGAUGAUAGCGACAUAAUGAUUAUUGAUAAUCCUAAAAGUGAGUAUGAAGUUCAGACUCAAGUCACAGAGUUUCUACAUAAAAAAGAAAAUAACUUUAGAGAUGAUAAAAAGCAAAUUGAUUCUGUUUAUGAAGAGCAGACCCAAGUCAAUGAUGGCAUUUCUGAACCUGAUAAUAAGAUUCAGGAUCAGUAUUUUGGUUCAGCUCAGACUGAAUCUCUGGCACAUACUGAUGCAAAAACUGUCAAAAGAAAGACAGAUAAAGGUGUAAUGCAAGAUUUCUAUCUGGCAAAAUCACAGGCAGAUAAAUUUGGACCAAGUUCAGGUAACAUUCAAACUCAAGCUGAAAAAAUUGAAUCUAGACAAUACACAUUGCAGACACAAGCACAAACAACAGGAUCUGAUAUAUACAGUGAACUUACUCAAAUAGACCAGCCAGGUCCGAGUAAAUUGUCGAAGGGUCAUGAUGUAACUGAAGAUGAAGCUGAAGACAUAAUUUAUGACUCAUUUUCUGAUGAAGAUCCACAGUUGAUGUCCUACUUCCAGCAGAAAACACGAGAUAACCCAAUAAAGAAAAUGAGAUUAUCUCAAAACCUAGGUAUUAAAUUUGAAACAUUUAGUGACAGUGGAGAAGAAGAGAGCACUACCAAUAUAUAUGAAACCUUAACUCAGGUGGACCAACCUGCACAAAAACAGAAUAAACAAACAAACAAAAGUGAUUCACAUAAGAAAGCUGUCAAAGGGAAGGGCAAGAAAACAAUUCAAAAGGAUGAUAAUAUUGCAUAUCAUACUCUUACUCAAGCCAUUUCUUCCUCUGAUAGUCUAGAUGCUGAGGACUACAGAACAUUGACACAAGUAGCAAGAAAACAACCAGUAACCAGUGUGCCAGAUCUUGCAGUUGAUGAUGAUGCUUACUUUGCAGCUACUCAAGCUGACAUUGAGAACACCAGUGAAAAACAAAAUGAACAUGUGGUUGGAAAUGAAGAUAUUUACAAUAUGGCUACACAGAUGGAUGCAAAUAAUCUGAUAGAAGGUGAUGAAAACAAACAGGAGAAUGUUAGAAUUAUAUCUGAAUGUGAUCAGAAAGUUUUUAAAAAUGAGCAGCAGCAAGAAUCUUCAGCAGGUGAUGAUGUUUAUCUAGCAGCUACACAAGUUCAUGUUGAGGAUAUAAGUGAACCAGAUGAAGAUGAAACCGCGAAAGAUGUCUGUGAAAUGUCAAAGAGAAAUGAACAAAUAAAAAAGCAGACUGGAAAAGGUUCAGAUAAUAACUUUGCAGCUGAAGACUUUACUGAGGAUAAAGAGUUUUACAACAUGAACACCCAAAAAGAUGUAUAUAAAAUGUCCAGGCAGGAUGAUGAAAGAGAAAAACAUGCUGCCAAGGAUUUAAAUAAUGAUCUGGAUGAUAGAAGUGAUAAUGAUGCUUACUUUGCAAAUACACAAGUUGACUUUCAGGAUAUAAGCGAACCUGAAAAAGAACAAGUGGCAGAAGAUGAGGAUAUAUAUAAUGUAGCCAGUGAUAGAAGAGGUGAUGAAAUAGUUGAUGAAUAUAAUAUAGCAACCGAGAAAAUGUAUGAAAUGCCUGAUGAUGAUGAGGCGUAUUACAUGGAGACACAAGUUGAUGAACUUCCUGAUAUAAUUCAGUUAGAUGAUGAAGAUUUGUCUGUAGGAAAUAGACAAGAUUAUGUAGAUACAAAUGCUAAUCUGAGUAAAUCAGUUGCUCUAACAACUGAGAAGAAGAAAGAUAAAAUAGUCAACAAGUCUGUACCUCUAGCCAAAGGUAUAUUAAAAAGGCCUAAUGCAGAGAGUACUACAGGUAGAAAUGUUACAUUUGGUGUUCAGUUUGAACAUCCUGUUCCUAAAAAACCUAGAUUAAGUUUAUCAAAGAGGAGAACACUUUCAAUUGAACCGCAGAAGCUGAAAACAACUGCAGAGAAAAGAGCUUCUGGUGUGUCAAUAUCUUUUGAACCACAACAGUUCUUUAAGGUGCAAAAUACAACUGUAAAUGAGGACAUUGAAAUUUAUGAGGCAGAUAGAAGUGACAUGUGGUUGUCGAAAAAAGUUUCAUCAAACAAAGUUUUCAAGAAAGGAACAAAGAUGGAUAAGGCUACGAAAAGAAAGAGAAAAGACUCAGGAGAGGACCUUCAAGCUAAAAUGAUAGCUGCCAGGUCACAGUUGAAGGAACGAGCAAUGUACAAUGCAACACAUCCGGAGUUUAAAAAACGAAUGAAGACUGGUCCAACAGCAACAGUGACAUCAUCAGAGCUGGAAGAUGUAACAUUGCCGACAUGCAGUCAGAUUAUUGACCAAGGUUUGCCUCUGUUGAACACAACUGGUGUACUCCUCAAGGGAAACAAAUCUUCACAUUCUGUGCCACAGUUACCUACACAAGGAAGAAUAACAACAUCUUCUGUAUCCAUAGUAACAACAACUAUAUCAACGGUAACUUCCACCUCAGUGCCAUCCACAGUCCAGUCUACAUCUGUAAAUGUAACUGCUAAACUGCACCAAAGAAUUACAGAAAAGAACAUAAAGGAUUCAGAUAAAGAGAAUAACAAACACAAAAAUAAAUCAUUAGUUCAGAGUGAAAGGAGUGCUAGAGGAGACACAAGACAAAGUGAACAAUCAUUUCAGAAUGCUGAUAAAGACAAGAGAAAUGAAAACAAACCUGAUAAAGAAAGCUCUCGUUCAAAAGCACAUACUGAUAAAAACCGUCAUAGAUCAGACAAGGGAAAAGAUGACAAGUCAGACAGACAUAAGAUUAGCAAAGACAAAGAACGUGAUAGAGAUAGAAAAGAUAAAGAAAGCACUCAUCCAUCAUCUAAAGAUAGUAAAAAUAGGGAAAAAAGUGGAAGUGGGAAUAGUAGGAAGGAUACAGAACAGAAGUCAAAGGACAAAAAUUUGGAUAAAGAAAAUAAAAGUGAUAAAAAUGUUCUCAAAUCAGAUGAAAGUAAGAACAGGGGUAGGAAUGAUAGUGGGGACAGUAGAGUAGAUAAAGAGAAGCAUGGAAAGAAAAGUGAGGAUAGAAAACAUUCCGGUGUUAAAGACAGACAUAGUAGUGGGCAGAAGAUGGAAAAGCAGUCAAGUUCUAAACAUUCUGAAAGUGGGAACAAGGAAAAGAACUUGAAAUGUAGGUCAGAUGAAAACAGCAAAAAUAUGAGUAGGUCUAGUGGAAGUAAAAUUACAAUUUCUUCAACAGAAAAUGAUAUAUUAGUAACAAAGUCAGUUUCAUCUUCACUACCAGUAGUUUCGUCUACAGCAACAUCUGCCUCAUUAUCAACGAGUGUAACUUCAUCUAUAACUGUAGGUAUAGCCUCAUCAUCAUUGUUCACUCCAGGUGUAAGUUCAAUAUCUACAACAUUAGUGACUAUAAGUAAAACUACACCAAGUAUUUUAAACAUCUCAACAGCAGUGGGAAGUGGAACAUCUACCUCUAUGAGCAGAAGUAUAGCGAAACCUGUGCCUUCAGUGAGAUCAACUGUAUCAACUCAUAUACAGUCAUCAGUUCUGCUUCAGAAGCAGGGCAGUAGAAAUCAAACAACAGGCGCAAGUGGUUCGAAUCUCGCCCCAUUAACCAAUGUGCCAGGCCGGCAGCCGUUCCAGCCAUUAGUGCCAAACAUAACGGGCAACACUGACUUGACUGAGUUAAUGCCUAGCAAUAUGGUGGAAAAUGUACCAAAUCUUCAAUGGAAUAACUUCCUUAGAGUUAUACUGAAAUGGUCACCUAACUGGUUUGAAGAAAAAGAGAAAAUGGAACGGCAAUAUGGGCGAGCCAAACCGCCAGAUAUUACCAGUGAUCUUUGUAACCAUAGCAACCACACACUGUUCCCACUGUUAGGCAAAUAUGUCAGCUUUAAGGAAUACAGUGAGAAAUUUAUGCUGCCGCUGUUACUCCAUGAAACAUUUGAGAGUUGUUUCAGUACAUGGAGAGAAAAGAAAGGAAAACAGAGACUCAACCAUCAUAAACUGAUGUUCAGUCACCAGAAACAGGGCGGAGAUAAACUCAUGGUGUAUACUCUCAUAGGUUUGAUCUCUGAAAGAGACAGAAGAUUGGGUAACUAUGUAAAUGAAGGUGAUAUCGUCAAGCUAACAGUCAAUGGAGACAUGAAGAUUGACAGUAAAAACAAGAAGAAUUUAGACUACGUAAUGUCUGGAUUUAUUGACAAGGUCAUUUUCAAGGACUUUUCUGUGGACAGGAUUUGUGCUCACUACAAAGAUAUGGGUGAAAUCAGAAAAGAAAUGAAAGACGGUUGUAUAUCUCUGAAACUGAAUGUGAGAGUAAGAACUCGCUCAUUUACACCUAAUGAAAAGGUCGUAGCUCAUCUAGAGUCUGUGAGUACAAUCAUCAACACAUGGCGACAGUUUACUGCACUGUCCUGUCUUAAUAGAAGCCCAUUGUGUCGUGACUUACUCUACCCUACUGCCAAUAUGACAUACUGUGAUAAAGCUCCUGCCAUGGUUUCUGGAUUACAGGAUAAAUACAAUGAAAGCCAGUUAACGGCAAUUAAUACAGCAGCAAAGAUUGUCUCAUUGCCAAGGGAGAUGCCUCGUCUCUGUCUGUUGCAGGGUCCACCAGGAACAGGAAAAUCACAUACGAUUGUUGGAAUCAUCAAACAUAUUGUUAAGGUGACUGGAGGAAAAUGUCGUAUUUGUUUGUGUGCACCAUCUCAUGCUGCUGUAGAUGAAUUGUUACGUAGACUCAAUAAAAGCGUUGAUAAGAAUUCAGGGAUAAAGAUGGUGAGGUUAGGAAAGAAGAGCAGUGUUCACCAGGAAAUCCAGUCAGUGUGUUUAGACACCUUAGUCCAGAGAAAUAUACUGCAAGCCCAAAAAGACGAACUGCUGAAACAGCUACCUCAAAGUUUACAGGGAGAAAGAAAAUCACUGGAGAACAAAAUUGCUGCUGUAACUAAAAAUAUAGACAUGGCGAAAGAUCAGUUUCAGAGGCAGAAGCUUCGAGCAGAUCUCAGAAUAUUGGAAAAACAGAAAGAAGUUCUUGAGAGCAAAUAUGUUUUGCCAAAGACAAAUGUAGAUCCACAGCAGGAGAGGAAGGCAAGGUCUAAUUUACUGCUGAGAGCCCAUGUUGUUGCAGGCACACUUAGCAGAAUUGGUGGUAAUGAAUUGCGGGCAGCUUUUCAGAACUAUUCUGGUCCUGCAUUUGACGUUGUCAUCGUUGAUGAGGCAACACAGGCUAUAGAACUAGAGACACUGAUUCCCCUGCAGUAUGGGGUAACCAAACUUAUCCUGGUUGGAGAUCCUGAACAGCUGCCACCCACAGUACUCUCACAGGUUGCUGUAGAAAAUAAGUUCAACAUGUCACUGUUUGAGAGAUUAGACAGUCAUUUUAAGUAUGGAAGCAUCAACCCAGUCAUCUUGCUUGACACGCAAUAUAGAAUGGACCCGGAAAUUGCUUCUUUCCCAAACAACUAUGUCUACAGUGGAAAAAUAAAGAAUGACAAGUGUCUGGAGAAAAGAACACAGAUACCACUGGUUCCUUAUCUGUUAUUCAAUGUUUCUGAAGGCAGAGAGCUAUUUUCACAGGGUACCAGGUCCAUGAGUAACCCAUUGGAGGCAAGAUUUACUGCAGAAUUAUGUCACUUUAUUGUAUCAAAGACAUCAGUCAUUGAGAAAGUUAUAGGAAUAAUAGCUCCCUACGCUAAACAGAAGUCUGAGAUUCUCAAGGAGCUGGAGAAAAGAGGCCUGAGGAACAUAGAAGUAUCAACAGUUGAUGGAUUUCAAGGGAGGGAAAAGCAUGUUAUCAUCAUGUCCUGUGUGAGAGCCAAUGAGUCUGGAGCUGUUGGGUUUGUUGGCAACAGGAACAGAAUGAAUGUGUCUUUAACAAGAGCGAAAUAUGCCAUGUAUCUUGUUGGUCACUUUGAGUCCUUAGAGUCAAGUGACGAGUGGAAGGCGCUGAUCUCAGAUGCAAGAUGUAGAAGGAAAAUCAUACCAGUGGACCAGUCUUCCAUGAGUCAAGCCAUAAAAAGGAUCAAACAGCAAAUACACCAAAACUAGGCUUGAGCAUACCUGUGUGAAUUGAUAUAUCAGUGGACCAGUCUACUAACAGAGGGGAAUUGAUAUAUCAGUGGACCAGUCUUCUAACAGAGGAGAAUUGAUAUAUCAGUAGACCAGUCUUCUAACGGAGGGGAAUUGAUAUAUCAGUGGACCAGUCUUCUAACGGAGGGGGAUUGAUAUAUCAGUGGACCAGUCUUCUAAUGGAGGGGAAUUGAUAUAUCAAUGGACCAGUCUUCUAACAGAGGGGAAUUGAUUUAUCAGUGGACCAGUCUUCUAACAGAGGGGAAUUGAUAUAUCAGUGGACCAGUCUUCUAACAGAGGGGAAUUGAUAUAUCAGUGGACCAGUCUUUUAACAGAGAGGAAUUGAUAUAUCAGUGGACCAGUCUUCUAACAGAGGAGAAUUGAUAUAUCAGUGGACCAGUCUUCUAACAGAGGGAACAUUAU